UGUUGCUAUGGGAAUCCAGUGGAGAGCAGAAGCAUGAAGAGUCGAGAGAUCACUUUAUCUCAGGGUUUCAUAUGCGAUGACGUUCAUGGGAUAAGAUCGUCUCACAUAUGGUCCCGAAGGAUAAGUUGAUAAACAAGCUGGGAAGGCAGUGGACGCCAAUACAUCAUCUACAGCUUACACGUCGAACCACAGUCAUGAAGGUUCUCCCACACAAUGCGCGCGUUGACUUCAAGUACUGCGAUUACUUGUCUCGGAUGAACGAAAUGGUGAGAAGCCGCGAAGCCGUUGGAGACAACAUUGUUGGGGUUGCUGUUGUGGGUCUGGGACGCAUCGGCACCAUUCACUUCGAAGGCCUGUAUCGCAAUCCCAGGGCAACCGUCCUGUACUGCAUCGAGGAGAGCUACGAGAGACGAGUGGCGGUCAGUAGCAAGUGGCACCUGACCAACUCUCCCUGUAACAUGCGAGGCGUACAAGGCUUUCAAGAGGCACUAGAUGACCCUCGGGUACAUGCUGUGUUCAUCUGUACACCAACCUUCACCCACAAGUCUCUUACCAUGAGGGCCCUAGAGGCAGGGAAAGCUGUGUUCUGUGAAAAGCCAGUGGCUGAGGACUAUGAUACGAUUGCUCAGUGUUACAGUCUGGCGAAGACAAAGAACGUGCCGCUCUUCUGCGCUUUCAACAGACGUUUCGACCCUGGAUUGUCAGACAUCUGUCGGCGUGUUCGUGCUGGGGAAGUUGGUCAGGUGAACGUGGUGAAGACGUGCUCUCGUGACAGCCCAGUUCCCCCUGUUGAAUAUCUACGCACAUCUGGUGGCAUUUUCCAUGACUGUGCUGUCCACGACUUGGAUUUGAUUUGUUGGGUGAUUGGCGAGUACCCGAACAAGGUGUCUUCGUUUGCUACCCUCCUCAAUCCCAAUCUCAAAGAACUAGAUGACUUCGACACUGUACAGAUCGCCCUGCACUUCCCCAGUGGCAUCAUUGGAGCCAUAGACCUCAGCAGAAAUUCUUCCUAUGGCUAUGACCAGAGGCUCGAGGUAUUUGGAAGCCAAGGCCUCCUCAGCUGUGGCAACAUGAAGCCAACAGCAGUGGUUCAUGAGUCAGACACUGGGGCCCACGCGCAACCUAUGUGGUAUUCUUUUGCAUCUCGAUACGAACGUGCAUAUAAGGAGGAACUGGACUAUUUCCUGGACGUCCUCUCAAAUAACGAGAUCGAAACUCUUGUGACCAAGAACCAAACCUUGGCCAUUACCAAAAUUGCAUCUGCCUGCGAGGAAUCUGCACGCAAAGGAAAAGUGAUUAAUCUCGAAUGGGAUAAUGCAGAACUGUAGGACCCUCUAAUGUGUUUCGGUUACAUCAAAAUCAUGUGUACUGACGUGUGUUGUUUGGUAUGAGAGAGAUAUUGAUUGAAAUAUAUGUUGGUGAUGGUA